CCUCGCCCCCCUCCCCAUCUCGUACUUUUGAGUGGGAGGCCUGCCUAGCUCACAAACUAGAAUCAGGGUGCCCACUCCGACAAGGUUAAUUGACCCACAGUCCCACACGGUGACAUCAUAUCACUGAUGUAAUGAGAAAAUGAGCGAUGGAAAAGCGAUCAUGUCACCAUUCAGAAUAUUAUUAUAGGCUGCCCAUGUCACCAUUCAGAAUAUUAUUAUAGGCUGCUCAUGUCACCAUUCAGAAUAUUAUUAUUAUUUUUAUUUUGUGUGGGCGCCCCAUGCUGCCCCCGGCAAGAUGCCGCCCUGGGCGGCUGCCCAUGUCACCUGUGCCUAAAUCCUCCACUGCAUACACGAUACUUUCUCUCUCUCACACACACCUUAAAUAUUAUUUCCAUGAACUGUUACAUUUAGUUCCACAAAUAUCCUACUUUUUUAAUAAUGUGAAUAAAAAUGAAAUAUAUUCAUUUAAUUAAGACUCAUGCAAAUAUAAUCGGUAUAAUAUACUUCAUUACAUUAAAAUGGAAUAUUGUAGUAAUUUGUGUUUGUGUCUGUUAUUAAUAAAGACUAUAGGUUAUCAUUCGUUUAUUAUGGGGAAUUACUGUAUUAUAAGCAAUAAUCUGUAUGCGCCUUUAUUAUUAUUGUAUAUUGUCCGUUUAUUAUGGUGAAUUAGGUAGUUGAAGUCAUACGGUAAAGGGAGACGGGUUGACCUCAGGGUUUGUAUUUACAUGGAUCCCGAAAACAAUAAUCUGUAUGCGCCUUUAUUAUUAUUGUAUAUUGUCCGUUUAUUAUGGUGAAUUAGGUAGUUGAAGUCAUACGGUAAAGGGAGACGGGUUGACCUCAGGGUUUGUAUUUACAUGGAUCCCGAAAACAAUAAUCUGUAUGCGCCUUUAUUAUUAUUAUAUAUUGUCCGUUUAUUAUGGUGAAUUAGGUAGUUGAAGUCAUACGGUAAAGGGAGACGGGUUGACCUCAGGGUUUGUAUUUACAUGGAUCCCGAAAACGCUUUCUGAUGUAGUCUACUCUCGUAAUUAGCUCCCGUACGGAAUGGAUGACCUAUCGGAAGCCUAGGCUAUUCCUGUAAGACCUGAGCCGCAACCGCUCCCCGUCACAUACACAAACAACCAACCGGGAAUCAGGGAGUGCCUUUUUUGGUUUAUUUUCUUUUACGGAGAAAUAGUCUACAGAGGCUCGAGAGGGAGAACAUACGAAAACUCCUUACUGAUAUGGCUGAGGCGAAUAUCUCGGUAACAGAGAGCCAGUUUAGGUGCCCUAUUUGCAUGGAUAUCUUGAAGGAUCCGGUGUCCAUUCCGUGCGGACACACCUACUGCAUGGCAUGCAUGACCUGUUAUUGGGACCAAACCGACCUUGGUCACUACAGUUGUCCGCAAUGUCGGGAAGAGUUCAUACCUCGACCGAUGCUACGGCGGAACACGGUGCUACAAGAGGUAGUGGACAAACUCAAACUGAACGAACUGGCUACGGCGCCGGUGUUGUAUCUAGGCGGUGUAGGGGACGUUCCGUGCGACUUCUGCCCGGUUCAGAACAAACUGAAAGCGCUCAAGUCGUGUCUGGUGUGCUUGGCGUCUUUCUGCGAGCUCCACAUCUUGCCGCACCGCGACGUGGGGACGUUGCGACGGCAUAAACUUGUUGCCGCGGUGGAGAGCUUGGCGGAAAGGCUGUGCGCGCAGCACCGUUUGGGCCUGGAGCAUGGCGGCGGCGACGGGGGCGAUGCGGUGGAGUGGAGUGGCGACUGUAUGCUGUGCGAGUCUGACCAAGAGGAACUGCACAGCAUCGACGAGCAAAGGGCGCGGAAACAGGUUCAGUUGCAGGAUUCUCGGAGGUCAGUACAGGGAAGGAUCAGGAGUAGAGAGAGGGAGCUGGAAGAGUUUCAACAGAGCAUAGAGGCCGUCAAGGCAUCAGCUGCAUUAGUCCUGGAGGACAGCAAUACCCUGUUUGUGGACCUGGCCCUCCGUCUGGAGAGGACCAGGGGGGAGGUGAGGGCCAGGCUGGAAGCCCGGGAGAGAACUGUCCUGGGCAGGGCAGAGAGAGAGCUGGAGACCCUGGAGAAUGAACUGGAGGAGCUGCGGAGGAGAGACAAGGAAAUGGGCCAGCUACUGACGAGGGAUAAUGCUCAGUUCUUACAGGAGGCUCCCCUGCUGUGUGUCCUCCCACCCACUGGGUGGCGCCCCCGAGCCCCUCUCAUCCUCCCCGCAGAAGGCUUCAGUGCAGCCCGCAGAGCUCUGUCCCACCUCAGGGCCCGCAUGGAGGAACUCUGUAGAGAGGAAGUGGACAAGAUUAGCCACGCAGGUGGAGGGAUGAAUGAGAGCUCCUCUGCCUGUCACAUGUCUGGUGGAGAGUGUUUGAAAGUAGCAGUGCCUGCAUCGUUUCCUCUCUCCCCCCUCUCUCUCCAGCCUUCGGACCAGAGGAUGAGAGUAUCCUUCCUGAGGUGCUCCUGUCGUCUGUCCCUGGAUCCAGACACGGCCCACCCCACCCUGUUCCUCUUGGAGGGUCCCCAGGGGGCUCACUGUGGAGAGGAGCCCCAGUCCUACCCCCUCCACCCCUUGCGCUUCGACUCCGUGGCCCAGGUCCUCUGUAGGGAGGGCCAGUUUGGAGGGGCCAGCUACUGGGAGGUGGAGUGGAGGGGAGGAGGGUGGGUGGACAUUGGGGUGACAUACAAAGGGAUCGGACGAAAAGGAGGUGGAAAACCCUGUCUGCUGGGACGCAACGAGAACUCAUGGCGUCUGAGAUGCACGCACGCCGGUUACGCCGCGUGGCACGAUAACCGGAAGACGACCGUAGCUGCGCCCCUGUGCCCGCGGAUCGGCGUGUUUCUGGAACACCAGAAGGGAGCGUUGUCGUUCUAUAGUGUGGCGUCGGACGGCGUUUCCCUGCUCCACGCGUUCAGGUGUCCGUUCUCUCAGCCGCUGUACCCAGCGUUUCGGUUAGACCUGGACUCCACACUGUUGAUAUGUCCACAUGAAACACACAACGGGAACUAACCUCUUCCCAUCUGUUUCUGGAUCUCUUAUUUUGACCCAAUGGGAACUCUUCCUGCGUACUGCCGAGCAAAUACCAUUGAUUACAUGUAAACACAAAUUUGUUUUUCUGCCCCAGAAAACAUGAACCCUGCUCUUUACUGCUCCCUGACCUCUCUCUUUCUGAACACCUUCUCUUCGCCCAAUGGGAACCCAUCCUAGACCCCAAACCUAACUCUGCUGCCCUCUCUUGUUAUGGCCAGAACUCUGCUUUAGCGUUGCCAGGUACCUCUACUCCUCCACUGUGUUUUUUUAAAUGGACCUCCUAAAAGCUACAACCAACAACUGAUUGUUUACUCAUUGCUGUUGCUCUACAUUUCAGUCAUUUAGCACACACUCUUAUCCAGGGCAACGUACAGGAGCAAUUAUGGUUAAAUGCCUUACUCAAGGGCACAGCGACAGAUUUUUUCACUUAGUCAGCUCUGGGAUUCAAACCGGGCAACCUUUCAGUUACUAGCCCAACACUCUUAACCGCUAGGCUACGUGCCUCCCUGAAAUAUCAACUCAAGGUGUCAACUCAGCAUAGGUCCACGGUAAGGGAUUAAUAAUUUACAUUGACAUCAAUCAAUCAUUUUUUAAGUAUCAAUGCCAAAAAAAACUAAUCUGCGCUCAACUCCGUGGAGGCGUUGUGUUACUUGGAUAGCCUUACCUCGGCCUAUCACAAGUCACCAAACUAGUGAUGCUGAAAAGACAAAGUUGUUGUGUAAGGAGAGUCUGAACUGAGCAGCAUAUUGUAUGCAUGGCCUCUCCAUUCAAAUAUCAUUCACAAUGUGGCCCUCUUGUAAACAGAGACUUCACUUCAGCAGCCAUGAAGCCAUCUUGAUCAAUCAUCCAAUUCUAUUGAUCACUGUGACUGUUACUUAACAAUAACAUCAUGUGAAAAAUUGCAAUGUAGCCAAAUGUGGAAUGUAGCUAUUUCAAAAUACUAUUAGUUGGAAAGGCUUUGAAUGCCAUUAUAUCAUCAUGAAGGGACAUUGAAGGAAAUAUGUAUUUGCUAUAAAGUGCAUUAUUUCAUGAGUUAUAGUCAGACUAAUAGUGGGAUAGGCUAUGCUGGGUAGCCUAUGGUUUCUAUGGCCCCAUCUCUCUCUACCUCCCCAUUCCUUCAAUAAUGUAUUUCUCUGUGACUAUUACAAUGAAUGUGUAGCUUUAGUCAUGUGGGCUGUGUAACUGUUACUAUCUUCAAUAAACCAAUUCUACAUUUUCAAUCUCAA